AAAUUUAAACAAAACCACUAAAAAAAAAAAGACAACAAAUAAUUGAAAAAAAUUGCCCAAUGCGAUCCGAGAAACUCUUGGAGGGGGAUGGAUGAAUGAAGAACACAUCGCCCAUUGGCUUCGCAAAAUCACAAAUCUGAUAGCUCUAACUUGAGCAAAAAUCAGUUGAACAGAGCGAUUUCGAUGAACAAGGAGACGACACCAGGUGGUUCGAAAGCCAACAAUUUAGGGCAAAAUAGCCAUUAUUAAAGGAGGAAGGAAGGGGAAGAAAUGAAGAAGAGGAAGAAGAGGAAAGAAGAAAGAAGUAGUUGCCCUAACUUUCAGAUCCAUAAUCCAAAUAAAAAAUUAGCUGCAGAAAAUGGCGGAGAGUGGCGUAAGCGCAGCCGAUUGCGAGAGGAUUUUCAAGCGAUUCGACGCGAACGGCGACGGGAAGAUCUCCGCGACGGAGCUGGGCGAUGCAUUGAACGGAUUCGGAGUGAGCGCUGAGGACGCCAAGAGGAUGAUGGACGCCAUUGAUAAAGAUGGCGAUGGCUGCAUUUCGUUUGAAGAGUUCGCCGAAUUUGCUAAGGAUAAUCGCGCUUUGAUGAAGGAUUUUGCCAAGGCGUUUUAGGUUUUUUGUUCUUGUUUUUCAAUUGAAGAUCUGAUAUAUGAUGAUGAAGAAAAUAUGAUGAAUAUGGUUACAAUGAAGGAGAUGCUUCUUCUUCUUCGUUUUGUUUUUUAUGUACCACAUAUAUUUA